UGAAGGUGUUCAGGAAGGCUUUGAGACUUAAAGAUAACAUAUAGAGCGUUUGGCAAAACCUAAUCCUCAAUUACCACUGCUUCCUAUUGCCAUUAUUGUUAUUUCAGUUUUCCAUUCUCUUUUCGGAGCACCGGGGCCUAGCACAUAGUAGGUAUUCAGAGAAUGAGGUGGAGGCUUGCCGGAGGCUGAAUCUCUCGGGUUCAGGAAGAGAUCUAGGGAGGUUUUCCUGACACGAGGCUGAUGGGGAGGGCAGAGAGGAGGUCCUAGGAAUCCGCGGGGCUUCUUCCUUCCCACCCCCAUCUCUAGGGAUUCCGGACGGGGAAGGGAUCUGCCCGAGGUCACGCAGUAGCGGGAGAAGAGCGCUUCCAUGCCCAGCCUUCGGGGCUGCGAGAUCUGAUUCAGCUGCCGCAGCGGCUACUGCAGCCCCCCGCCCUCACCGAAUGCCUCCCGAGCGACCUUCCCCUUGGCCGCCAUCUUAGAGCCUGGUACAGCCUAGCCCACUGUCUCUGAUACAUCAAAUAAGCGCUGGGCCUUCUUCUUUCCCGCCCCUCAAGGAUCAGCCGGUCCUCUCAAGGCCACCACGCCACCUUCCUCGAAAGUAAAGUCCUUUAGGUAGCACGAAGCUUGCCCACGGCCAAGAUGGCGGCAAAGGCGUCAGCCCUCGCCUGAGGCCCCUGGUGCAGACGUCAUCAAGAGGCGUCAGCCUCUAAGGGGAGAGGAGGCGGUCGGGAACCGUCUCCAUGGAAACCGCUGGGCGUAGGGCGCGGCCAAAUACUAGAGGCUGGCGGCGAGGGAAGAUCAGAAACGCCUCCAAUCCCCGGCGACCUGAUUCCGACCCCGGCCCCCAUCUAGGUUGGCGGUCCAAUCCCGAGCCAAACCCCUGCUCACUCUCGAGUCUCCGCUCGCGCCCCCCUCCCGACCGAGAGCCCAAUCCCGAUCCGGGCCCCUACAAGGCCCCCGGCCCCGAUCCCGAACCCGGUCCCGGUCUCGACUUCGUCUCUGAUCCUGACCCUAACUCCAACCCCGGCCCCGACUGCGGCCCUGGCCCAGGCCCCGGUCCCAGCCCCGGUCCUGGCCCCGGCCCCGGCUCGGCCCCUGGCCAGGCUCCCGGCAUGUUGCGGGACGAGACCCUGGACGGGGCCACGGUGCCCUCCCUCUGGAGAGGCUCUCUGGAGAUCCGGAGUGAACCGAAAAGUUGCCAGACUGCCAGCAUUUCCACUUCAGAAGGAGCCUGCCAAGCCCGUGAACAGGUUGAUGCAGAGGUACAAACUGAUCCACCUUUUCCUGUGGCCCUACGAUAUGCAUCCCAGCAAGAUAUCCCUGGGUUGGCCUCUUUCCUCCGUCGGGUAGAAAACCUUAUCAUCCGGGAGCUGGAUAAGAACUGGCAGAGCCAUGCAUUUGAUGGGUUCGAGGUGAACUGGACAGAGCAGCAGCAAACGGUAACCUGCCAGCACACUCUGUGCUACCCCCUGGCCCAGGCUCAGAAGCUGCAGGUGACCAGCGUCUCCUGGAAUGCCACUGGCUCCGUGGUGGCCUGCUCCUACGGUCGUUUAGAUGAUGGUGACUGGAGCACUGAGAAGUCUUUUGUGUGCACCUGGAAUCUGGAUCGUCGGGGGCUGAAUCCCAAGCAACCUUCUGCUGUGGUGGAGGUGCCCAGCUCAGUCAUGUGCCUGGCGUUCCAUCCCACUCAGCCCUCUCACAUUGCAGGUGGCCUCUAUAGUGGGGAGGUGCUAGUCUGGGACAUGAGCCGGCCUGAGGACUCCUUGCUCUGGAGAACUGGCAUGACUGAUGACACUCACACAGAUCCUGUCUAUCAGGUGGCGUGGCUGCCAGAGCCGCGGCACAGCCACCGCUUCCAGCUGCUGAGUGUCUCCACGGAUGGGAAGGUGCUGCUGUGGCAGGCGGCUGGGUCGGGACAGCUGCAGCUGACGGAGGGCUUUGCUCUGGUGGUGCAGCAGAUCCCCCGAAACACAAAGCUGAAGAAGCCUACCCGGGGUGAGACGGAGGUAGGGGUCACAGCCCUAGCCUUCUCCAGCUUUGACCCCAGCCUGUUUAUCCUGGGCACUGAAGGCGGCUUCCCACUCAAAUGCUCGACGGCAGUAGAAGUGGCGGCCCUUACCCGAAUGCCCAGCUCCUUACCCCUCCGAGCACCUGCCCAAUUCACCUUCUCCCCUCACGGUGGCCCCAUCUACUCUGUGAGCUGCUCACCCUUCCACAGAAACUUGUUUCUGAGCGCUGGGACGGAUGGCCACAUCCACCUCUAUUCUAUGCUGCAGGCCCAGCCCCUGACGUCGCUCCAGCUGUCCCACAAGUACUUGUUUAGUGUGCGCUGGUCUCCUGUCCGACCCUUGGUCUUUGCUGCUGCCUCUGGGGAAGGAGACAUACAGCUGUUUGAUCUCAGAAAGAGCUCCCAAAAACCCACAGUUUCUAUCAAACAAACUCCAGAUGAAAGCCCAGUAUACUGUCUGGAAUUCAAUCUUCAACAGACUCAACUCCUGGCUGCUGGGGAUGCCAAAGGUGUCGUAAAGAUAUGGCAGCUAAGCACAGAGUUCACAGAACAAGCACCUCGGGAAACAGAAGACCUGGACCAGUUGGCAACUGAGGUGGCAAGCUGAGGACACUCAGCCCACUUUCCUUGACCAGGAAGGUGGUGACAAGCAGAAACGAGCAGUAUAAGGCAUUUAAAUCGCACAAGGAAUGUUGUUCAAGGCUUGUGGGGAGAAUUCUGUUCCUAGGAGCAGAAGUCUUUGGGUGUUGUUACCUAAAAGUGGAACUUUUUAACGAUUAAAAAGAAAAACAAAAAAAA